GGCCGCUAACAUGCAGAAUUUUACGUUGCUGUUCAGACGGAAAGUCAAUGUUGUUUUGGGAAUGAUACAUUUGAAAGCGUUGCCAGGGUGUCCCAGAAACAGUCUUGGCGUUGGAGAGAUAGAGAAAGCAGCCUGCUAUGAAGCCCAGCUGUAUAAAGAUCUUGGGCUUGAUGGUGUGAUUGUCGAGAACAUGCAUGAUGUGCCGUAUCAACAUAGCACGGAGGUCGGUCCUGAGGUCAGUGCUUCUAUGGCGGUCAUCUGUGCAGCGGUCAAGUCAGUCAUGGGUGUGAAACCAGUUGGUGUCCAGGUCCUUGCAGGUGCAAACAAACAAGCUCUUGGUGUAGCCAAGGCUGCAGGUCUGGACUUUAUCAGGGCUGAAGGCUUCGUGUUUUCUCAUGUAUCUGAUGAGGGACUGAUGAAUGCCUGCGCUGGAGAUCUGCUCCGAUACAGGAAGUACAUCGGGGCUGACCACAUACAGGUGUUUACAGACAUCAAAAAGAAGCACAGUGCUCAUGCAAUUACUUCAGAUGUGAGUAUCAAGGAGACAUCUAAGGCUGCAGAGUUCUUCCUUAGCAACGGCGUGAUCAUUACAGGGGGAGCCACUGGACAGGAAGCUGAUGUCACAGAGAUGAAAGAUGUAGCUGAGGCAGUAAGUAUUCCAGUUCUGAUUGGCUCAGGAGUGACCAAGGACAAUUUGCAAAUGUAUUCCUCCGCCAAUGGCCUUAUUGUUGGAUCGCAUUUCAAAAAAGAUGGACAUUGGGAAAAUGAUAUUGACCCUUGGAGGGUACACACAUUUAUGGAGGAGGUGAUGAGGCUGCGUGAAUCUGACACUAACAGUUAACGACCACUGGACCGUGUCACUGGUGUCCAACACGACCACUGGACUGUGUCACUGGUGUCCAACACAAACACUGCACUGUGUCACUGGUGUCCAACACAAACACUGCACUGUGUCACUGGUGUCCAACACAAACACUGCACCGUGUCACCGGUGUCCAACACAAACACUGCACCGUGUCACCGGUGUCCAACACAAACACUGCACCGUGUCACCGGUGUCCAACACAAACACUGCACCGUGUCACCGGUGUCCAACACAAACACUGCACCGUGUCACCGGUGUCCAACACGACCACUGCACCGUGUCACCGGUGUCCAACACAAACACUGCACCGUGUCACCGGUGUCCAACACAAACACUGCACCGUGUCACCGGUGUCCAACACAAACACUGCACCGUGUCACCGGUGUCCAACACAAACACUGCACCGUGUCACCGGUGUCCAACACAAACACUGCACCGUGUCACCGGUGUCCAACACAAACACUGCACCGUGUCACCGGUGUCCAACACAAACACUGCAUCGUGUCACUGGUGUCCAACACAAACACUGCACCGUGUCACCGGUGUCCAACACGAACACUGCACCGUGUCAUUGUGUCCAACCUAUAUACCCAGAGGAGCUAGGAGCUACAGAGCAGCUUGUAAAUUGUCCAGUGUCAAGGGUGUUGAUGGACAGAGGAAUGUAGCAAAGCUAGACAUACAUUGGUUGUACUGGUCAUUGUAUCAUGACGUCAGUUAGUGCUUGAAAAGCAUCUUAAUGAUGUUAGUUAAACUACAGGUAGUUCUUUCAAAGCAUCUACUAUGGUACAUGGUCGUAACUAAAGCCUUAGAGGGUGUCUUUAAAUAGCUUAUGUCUUGGAAGUCUUUAAAAAAACCUUUUAAAGCCAAAUGACUUGUCUUAAAAGUUUAUAAAUAACUUAAGUUUUGGAUUCUAUAAAUAAUUUGUCUUGAAAGUCUAUUUACAGCUAAAGUAUUGGAAGGCACGAUCAUAAAGCUAUAUAUAAGUGUAAUGAAACAAAUUUCCUAAUCAAGUUUUGUGAUUGCAAAAAGUGACAUUUUGAUAUUUUGUAUAAUUUGAUAAAUAUUGAUGUUUGUUUACCUGGUGCUAUAUAUAUAAUUAUAUCCAUUUUACUCUAGUCCUUAAUGACCUGAUUACAUGAUCUGUAACAGUCCGUUGAUAAAAGGGGAAAAAGUGAAAAGUUUCAGAUAGUGUGCAGAUAUGAAUAUCUAUGUUUGUGUUUUUAUGUUUUCAAAACAUUUCUUAUAAAUUGUACUGAGGCACAAAGCAUGAAAAUUCUGUAUUUUUUUUUUUUUAUUAUUAUUGGUAUUUUAAAUUGUCAUGUUACAGCUGAAUUACCAGUAACUAAAAGAAAAGUUACAAUGUACAGAUACUAAUUGAGUUAAAUCGUUAGAAAUGUCCGCCGUCAUCAAAGACAAUUACAGUAAUGAUGUCAGAUAAAUUGUACUUAGAUAUAAGUAAAUAAAAUGGUUUUGAGAAUC